AUGGGCACAGCGAAGGUUUUGAUCAUUGACCAUUACGACUCUUACACCAACAACAUCCUCCAGCUCCUUCAAGGUACUCGGACUGGACAUGAUGGUGUUCCCUAUCCAGAGUGGAGCGUAGUAAUUGUGAGAUUCGACCAAUUCUCAUGGGAUCAGUUCUUUACCGAAAUACUCCCAUCAUUGGAUGCAAUCAUCUUGUCACCAGGGCCAGGCACCCCGGAAAGAGAAGCCGACUUUGGGUUCAACGCCAGACUCCUUCAGGAGGUCUCCAUCCCGAUACUCGGUAUCUGUCUCGGGCAUCAGGGGAUUGGUACCUCUUUCGGUGCAAAGGUUGUACAUACUCCAAACAUCAAACAUGGGCAAAUAUGCCAGAUACAUCACAGAGAACUCGGUGUUCUCAAGGAUCUACCACAGGGAUUUGACGGUGUCAGAUACAACAGCCUGGUGCUGGACUUGGAGAGUCUGCCACGGGAUCUUGAAGUUACUGCCUGGACAUUUGAUCCGGAAGAUGCAUCAAAGAAAGUCUUGAUGGGGAUUCAGCAUCGCAACCGUCCAAUAUUCGGCACUCAGUGGCACCCGGAAAGUAUUUGCUCGGCCCACGGGAAACAAAUUCUGCAGAACUUCCACGAGAUAGUGCUGGACUUUUGGGCAACUGGCAACCCUGGAAACCGCUGGACCAAAAGACCCCUUUCCGUUGAUGCCUCUUUGCCCCAGCACAUUCUCAAAGAGAAUGUGACAGAACCAGUGCAUGCAAACGGAGCAGCUAAACUCCGUGGAGAUGGGCCCCCAAGCUCAGCAUACUACAUCAAGUCCACAAGCUUGGGAAAGGGGCCAGUGCCUCAGGUCAUAUUCCAUUCGCUGUUCAGAAAUAACUCGCCGGAUGGAGAGAUUUGGCUUGAUAGUGCAAAGGUUCGUGACUCGCACUCGCGAAACUCCUAUAUGGCCUCAGCGACGUUUGCUCUGAGCUACUCGUCUCAGUCGGCAGUCCUCUCAUUCCAACAAAACGGUAAGCCAAUACGAUCAGAGAGACUCUCUGUGCCGUACUGGACAUGGCUGGACCACUUUCACCGCGAGGUCAUCCGGGAUAACACCGAGGCAAUUUCCCCUGAGCUCUUGGACCAAGAGGCUGAAGUUGGCCAGCCCCUCCUGCAAGUGGGACUGCUGGGAUACUUUGGCUAUGAGCUGAAGCGGGAGUCCCUCCCCGGAUAUCACUAUGUGCCGACAACAGAAGACCCGGACACGGAGCGCGCCGACAGUGAGCUCCUGUUCGCCAGCACGGUACUGCGAUUGGACAAUUACACGGGCGACUGGACCAUGUUCAAUCUAGUAAGACGAAGUGAUGCCGACCCUAUAGGCGACUCCAUUGGAGCCGUCAGCAAAGUUGGCCUGAGCGAGGAAGAGUUCUCCGCAUUGCUGGCUCGUGUGCGCGAUGUUUUCGCGGCCCCUCUGUCGCCGCCGUAUGUCGAGCCGCAUGGACUUCCGAGUUUCGUCGCUCUAGACAACGAGGAGUCAUACUCGGACACAAUUCGGGCCGCCAAAGCUGCCAUCAAGGACGGCGAGGCCUACGAGCUGACCUUGACAACAAAGUUCAAGGCCGAAAGCCCAAAGGUAGACCCAUACGCACUGUACCUGGACCUGAGAGAACGCAAUCCGGCACCAUAUUCGGCCUUUAUGCACUUUGCCGCCCACGACAACACCAUUCUGUCGUCGUCUCCGGAACGAUUCAUCUCUGUGGAUGCCAACGGGGUGGCUGAGAUGAAGCCGAUCAAGGGGACGUUGGCAGUGAGCCCCGACUUUGAAGAAAAUGAGCGGAGGAAGACGCAACUUGCCACGGAUGUCAAAGAGCUUGCCGAAAAUUUAAUGAUUGUCGACCUCAUCCGAUCUGAUCUUCAUAACAUCUCACCGUCGAGCUCAAUCAUUGUUCCGAAGCUUCUUCACGUGGAAUCAUAUCAGACUGUCCAUCAGAUUGCGCAGUCCAUCGGAGGCGUCAAGGUCAUUGAGAGGUGCUUCCCGCCUGGCUCAAUGACGGGCGCGCCAAAGCUCCGUGCCGUGCAGAUACUAGAUGCCCUCGAGCAACGCGACCGCGGCAUCUACUCCGGAAGCAUCGGGUACAUCUGCGCUAGCGGCACCGUCGACCAGUCCGUGGUCAUUCGAACGAUUGUCAAGGCAGGGGAGAAGCUCGAACUCAGUGCGGGAGGGGCCAUUACGUGGCUCAGCGAGGAAGAGAAAGAGUGGGAUGAAGUCAUGACGAAAGCAAACGCCGUUGCAAACGCGCUGCCUCGGCAAACGCCCCUAGAGGUUAUAGCCGACGGUUUGCAAGUUGGUGCGUGA